AUGGAGUCAGAUGACAACUGUGGAUCCCAUGGAAUUGCUGGUAAUAUUUCUGUGUUGGACCCCUCACCCCCACCUAACCCCAGACACUCCUGUGACGUCGAGGAGAGUGUGGGCAGCAGGCACCUUCAAUCAGCCCCCCAAAAUAGCCAGGGAGAGGGAUCCCACGCCCUACCACCUUCCUACCACGAGGGCUUCUUCUGGAGGUGCUCCUUCGGGGGAAACCUGGACGAUGACACCCUCUUGAAGUUCUGGAUCACCAAUGCCCACUCUAAAGUCUGCACAACACGCCUACCUCUUCCCUUUCCUGUGUCUCAACAGACUCACAACGCCACCGCAUAUGACUCCGCAAUCAUCUACAGAGGCUUCUGGAGUAUCUUCAUGCUAAUUGGGGUGGCUGCCGUCGUUUUAGGUGGGUUCUUCAUCAUCUGCGCCGCCCCAUUUGCCAGUCACCGUCUAUAUAAGGCUGGGGGUGUGCUCUUCCUGACAUCUGCUCUGUUCCUUCUCGGUGUGGUGGUGAUGUAUGUGCUGUGGGUGGAGGUGCUGGAUGUGGUGCAGGUCUACGUUGACCACCAGCGCUCCUCUGUUUGUCCCACCUUUGACCUCACCAUCCACUACGGCCUAUCCUUCUUCUUCGCCCCUGUCGGCAUCUCCUUCUGCCUGCUGGCAGGACUCCUUUUCCUCCUCAUUGGUCGGUCCGUACAGAUGCAGUACCACUGAUUGGUGUCGCUGUGGCAAGAGUGUGAUGAUGCCCAUGGUAGAGGGCGGGGCAGUGAGGCUUCCGGAACGCUGCAACGGUUGUUUAAUUUGUUUAAUUGAAGAAGUCAAAUGAAAUUCCAAUUUAAAAAAUGUCUCAUAGCUAAGCAUUGAGGUAAAUUGGAAUUUGAAUUUCAGUUUACUUCCUGAAUUGACUUCAUUGAAAAGGAAUUGACCCCAACCCUGCUCUGUAACUUCAAGAAUGUGUCGGAAAUCUCUGUGUUCUGUCAAUCAUCCAUAAAUGGAAUGGGACUUCUUUGAACUCCGUGGUGUCACUGAUUUGACAGGUUACAAUGACAUGUUUCAGUCACUGCAAGUGUUUGACAGAGUUCCACCCAACAUGACACCCUAUACCAUCAUAUUAGUGCACUACUUUCACCAGAGCCUCUAUAGGGAAUAGGGUACCAUUUGAGACACAGCCAACGCCUCAGUCCCCCAUCACUACAUGCUCUUCACCUGACACCUACAGUACUGAGAGACACAGGAUUGGUUGGUUGAACUGUGGUGGCGGCUGUUGGUGAUUUGCUUAUACAGGUUGUCGGCGGUCACAUGUCACAUGUUGCCAUAGCAGCGAGUUGGGAAUGACUAUGGUAUAGGAUGUUUUGUUUGUUGAAUUCUUUGUCUUUGUAUUUGUAUUUUUAGUCAAAUGGUUUUAGAAGGCUGCUCCUGUCAUUUGCUGAGUGUGUUGAGGUGUGCUUUAACAUAAAUGAAGGGUGAACAAGUCACUCUCUAUAGAUUUGAUUACCACUUUAUAAAUAUAAUACACGUGUAUUCCUUUUUCAAUUAUUAACACAUUUUGAGAGAAAUGUGAAUGCCUUACCAUUAUAUAAGCAUGCGGUGUGAAGAGUUAGAAUUAAGGUAUAGAAAUCAAGAUUAGGGGCUCUAUUCAAUCUGGAUCGCUGAAGCGUUACAUAUUACGUGAUAGAAAUGUAAAGAUGAUUUCUGAUUGAGCGGACAUAUGUAGCUCUGGUUAAAAUGUUUUAGUAAAGUAUUUGUUUGCUUUGUAAAUAGUAGACACUGUAAUGAAAUUACUACAUGCAGUUUAAACAUAAAUAAAUUGAUAACAUUUGUUUCAUGAA